UUCGAAUGACGACAUCGUUUGUACGAUAAUAUUUCAUGUGAAAAUUACUUACGACGAAAAUUUUCAUUUAAACAAGCGUCUGAAGUGAUAACUGGCUGAGAAGAAAGUGUUGUGAAAAAAGAGAAAUCGGUGAACAAAACAGCGUUCGUACACGACAUGGAAUAUGCCGUUCAGCAGCGGCGACAGUAUCUGCGGAAGUAAAGAAUACCACAACAUUCCACACCUAUAGAAAAAGGAAGCUGAUGCAAGAAGUGUGUGAAGCAGUGGAGAAAGCUAGUUUUAGUAACUUUUCCACCGCUCUCCUCCUCAACGGGAGAGUGAUCAACGACACUGAAAAGGAGCAGGACUAGGACUCCCACGUCCUUGACAAUAUCACAUACGACUGUACUAAAAUGUCCGAUACCAAUCCUACGGCUGACCACAAUAGACAGCAGACGGACAGCUACCAGGCGGCAGGCUCAGAAAAAGAAGAGGUACAAAAGUCUCAACCUUCACCCGUCGAAGUGGAUCGUAAGUCUACUGCAGCAGCUGAUCGACCGGCCAAUUCAGGGGCACUCACAGAAACGACCAACAUCCCAGCAACAUCAGCACCACAAACCAGCUCAUCGGCUUCGGAACAAUUGUUGUAUUGUAACCCCGCGGCAGAUUCAACAAACGUUGUGUUGAAUCCGCAGACAUCAACAACCGCGGCAAUCGAACGUCAGACAUCGGUCGGGUCCAUAGAUAGUGGAACGACGAUGCCUUCGGCAACAGGAGGAGGAAGUGGAACCGCCGGAGGAAGUGGAUUCCGGAGUUCCUUCAGCAAUGGCCGAGUUUCGUUUAGCCGGUUUAUUUCCGUAGAUAGAACACGAUCGGGAAACGAGACGGGGAAUGGGCGUUCAUCAAACUUCAGCAAUGAUGUGUUUAGCGAUUUUUUAACGCUAGUGCAACAAGCAAGACAUCCGAGCAGCUUUUUUUCAGCGGAACGAAGGACAUUUUUUAAUCAAACACCAUCUUCCGGGAGGUCGCAUGCUCCCGGAACAAGCACGCCACCAUCAUCGGCCCACAGUGGUAAUUCGGCUAGCGAAGUCGUAAUCGAUGUUGACGGCGGCGGUGGCACUACUGCGGUCGGUGGCGGAACAUCGCUACGUUCGUCACAAAAUGAGCUGUAUCCGAUGUCAACAUCGUCGUCCUCAGCCAGCACUGGGAUUCGACCGUUUAUGUGGAUGCAACAGACAGAAGAAAGUGCCCCGUCUUCUGCUCCAACAAACGGGGGACGGUCGCCACUGAUGCCAAACUUCAACUAUAGCCACCAUCACCAUCAUCAUCACUUCCACAACCAUCAGCCGUUGGCGCUGCAUCAGCACAGUCAGCCGUUGGCCGGAAUGGCGAUGGGCGGAGCACAACAGUCUCCUUUGUCUGCAAGUGUUGACGGUGGCACUUCAUCAGCCGUUGGGGACCAGCAACCACAUCAACACAGCGGUGGCGGUGUGGCGGCUAUCUCCACACCAAACGGAUCAAACUUGCCACCGUUUGGCGGUGGGGGUGCCACUCGUAGCAACAGUGUGAGCUCUAAUCACCUCAACGAUGAGGCAACCGUUCACGAAGCAUUGAACCAAAUACCGGAGGCUCGGGUUAUGAUGGACACUUUGGCUCGAUACACACCGUUACUGCUGAUCUUGGUGGCUAAACUGUGCUACGACCAUUUAGACGGAAUCAUCUACUUCCUCAUGCUGCUGAUAACGUUCUACCAUGCGAACUGGGUGGUGCGGCAGGAAAUUUCGAAACAAAAGCAGCGCCGCAUCAUUGUGCUACUGCGCGAGUUGUUAGUUAUCGUUGUGACGCUGAUGAUAUUCGGGCUUGUCUUCGAGUUUGAAAACAUUUGGCUGGUGUUACUGUUUAUGCCAAUUUCGUUGCAACCUCAGUCCUUAAAGUCACUCCUGUUUUCCGUCUGCAUCACCGACCUCAUUCUGAAGCAGAUAACGAUUGUGAUAAAAAUCAUCUUUACUUUGAUGCCCCCGAGCUUGGUGGACUACAAGAGCAGAGGCAAAAUUUAUCUUAUGAUCGAAUCAUUAUCGCAAUUAUACCGUGCCGCAGCUCCUAUACAACCGUGGUUAAUUUUCUUGUUUGAAUCGUACUCGGGCUCGGAGAAAAUGGUUGGAGUUAUCUUAUCGGCAGUAUACAUAGUGGCAAAGUCUACGGAUCUGCUUGACAGAGUCAAAUUUUGUCGUCGAUCGUUAAUUAAACUGCUGCAGAAAACAAGCUACGGAACUGUGCCUACAAAAGAGCAGUUGCAGACUUGUGGCGGACAGUGUUCGAUUUGUCAUGAUAACUUCGUCGCUCCCGUGCUUCUUGAAUGCAAUCACAUCUUCUGCGAGUUAUGCGUCGGCACCUGGUUCGACCGGGAACAAACGUGCCCUCUGUGUCGUGCCAGGAUCGUGGACGAUCCUUCUUACCGAGAUGGGGCCACCACAUUCUUCUUGCAGUUAUACUAAUUGAUGCCGUUUUUUGAACGCCGUGGUAACUAGAAUGAAGCAUUAGCUCUUAUGUACCGCUCUAAAUUCCUCUCUACUGAGUUAAUAGAGUUCAUUGAUUGUUGCCCUAAAACAUGGGGUUGGAGAUUACGUUUAUUUGUAUCGUUCGUAAAUUUCAAAUGCAAAGAGGUCGAUAAGGACAACUAAUUCCUGACACAUGAAACGCCAUCCGCGCUAAACGCAUGCUCGGUUUUGGGGUAAUAUUCUUUCGACUCUUAAGGGUCAUUCUAUCGAUAAAAAAAACCUUUGUGUAGCAAAAGGAACAAUGAAACGGGCAAUCUAAUAAUGAGUUAUUUUUGUAUAUAUAUAUGAUCAGUAAUGGAGUUCCCGAAAAGCAGCAUGAAAGAAGUUAGUUUACUUAUCUGGCAGCUUGUCCAAAUCUGAUUCGAAAUAAAAAAAAACAAUUGUAUGUUCAAUAGUAUUUACUGUGCAGAAUUUAUG